AUGGCGCAAUUGCAUCAAGAAGAGCCAGAAGAUACACGAGCUGAACGCAAUGAAGUCAGAAGAUUAGAACAACGACAAUCACGCCGUUUCACAGUCAAUAGACGAAGAACAAAUGACCAACAACGACAACAGGUACAUCGAGCAUUUAUAUCUGAUUCAUUCCUGCGUCUAGCAUUCCAGUAUGAGCCCGAUAUUGAAUAUUAUGCUCAUUCAAAAGUGGUAAUUGGUGCUAUGGACAAGGAAUGUCCGCAUUGUCAUGCUCUGAAAUUCAAAAAUGAGCCAGCUGGGAUGUGUUGCGCGUCAGGAAAAGUGCAACUACCUGAAAUUGAAACACCACCUGAACCAUUGAACGGCUUACUUAUCGGCACGGAUCCAGAUUCUAACGUGUUCCUGAAGUCAAUUCGAAGAUUCAAUUCAUGCUUUCAAAUGACAUCGUUCGGAGCAACAGAAAUAGUUCGAAAUACUAAUGCAAAUGGUCAACAAUUCAAUUCUACAUUCAAAAUCAGAGGCCAAGUUUAUCAUAAAAUGGGCUUACUGCUGCCAAUGCCAAACGAACCACACAAAUUCUUACAAAUCUACUUUAUGGGCGGCGAGGAUUCCGGAAGCGCACUUGCCAAUCGCGUGAAUGCACGUUGUGAUUAUAAUAACCUUGAUUCACUUUAUGCCAGGCGCAUCGUCAGCGAGCUAGAUGCUCUUUUGAACGAGCACAACGAGUUGUUGAAAAUAUUCAAAUCACAUAUGCACCAAUUACAAAGCGAUAAUCACGCUAUCGUCAUUAAUCCUGAUAAAACACCAGCUGGAGAGCAUAUUCGUAGAUUCAAUGCACCCGUUGUUGAUGAUGUUGCUGGAAUCAUGGUUGGCGAUUGUACAGCUGCACGAGAAAUUGUGAUUGGAGCUGAAACAAACAAGAACGUUAGCUCAAAGGAUUAUUAUGUGUACCGAUUAAUGAUUAGACGUGGCCUGGACAACGUCAUUUUACGAUGUCGUGAGCUUUGUCAACAAUUCAUGGUCGACAUGUACGCGAAGAUUGAGAGCGAACGACUACGAUACUUACGAUAUAAUCAACAAAAGCUGCGCGCGGAAGAGUACAUUCAUUUGCGAGACGCUAUCAACAACAACGCCGACGUCGCCGAAAUCGGUAACCAUGUCAUUUUACCAUCAUCGUACGUAGGCAGUCCACGUCAUAUGCAAGAAUAUAUACAGGAUGCUCUGACUUUCGUGCGCGAAUAUGGACGACCAUGUUUAUUUAUCACGUUCACAUGUAAUCCAAAAUGGCCAGAGAUUACAUCUUUGCUACUGCCUGGCCAAAAUGCAAUACAUCGCCAUGACAUUACAGCACGUGUGUUCAGACAAAAGUUGAAGUCUUUAAUAAGUUUCAUUACUAAAUCACAUGUAUUUGGUCCCACACGUUGCUGGAUGUAUUCGGUUGAGUGGCAAAAGCGAGGAUUACCUCAUGCACACAUUUUGGUUUGGUUCAUCGACAAAAUCCGUCCUGAAGAAAUCGAUAGCAUCAUUUCUGCGGAAAUUCCAGAUCCAUCCACUGACCAACUGCUGUUUGAUAUUGUUACAACAAACAUGAUUCAUGGUCCAUGUGGUACUCUUAAUAGUUCAUCGCCUUGCAUGGCUGAUGGAAAAUGUACUAAAAAUUUCCCUAAAGAUUUUACCAAUGAUACGGUCACAAAUGUCGACGGAUACCCAAUAUAUCGUCGAAGAAAUCCUGAAAAUGGCGGACAAUCAUUUAUUAAAAAUAUCAUCAACACAGACAUUGAUAUUGACAAUCGUUGGGUGGUGCCAUAUUCGCCUCUGCUGAGCAAGACAUAUAAUGCUCAUAUUAAUGUUGAGUUCUGCAGUUCUGUGAAGAGCAUCAAAUACAUUUUGAAUAAAAACGAUGAAAUAACGCUCUACAAAAUUGGUCGGUACAUCAGCUCCAAUGAAGCUGCUUGGCGUAUCUUUGGUUUUCCAAUUCAUGAACGGGAUCCAGCAGUUGUUCAGUUAGCCAUCCAUCUUGAAAACGGUCAGCGUGUAUUUUUCACGAACGAGACAGCGAUUGAUCGUGCAAUAAAUCCACCUAAAACUACACUCACUGCAUUUUUUGAAUUGUGUAAUCGUGCGGAUGAUUUUGGUGCCUUUGCACGAACAUUACUCUAUUCACAAGUACCACGCUAUUUCACAUGGACUCAAACAAAAACAUGGAUGCCCCGCAAGCAAGGCUCACCAGUUGCUGCAUGUCUCAAUUUAUUUAAAUCAAACGCCUUGGGGCGAUUAUUUACAGUCAAUCCAAGACACACGGAGUGCUUUUAUCUUCGACUGUUGUUGGUUAAUGUUACUGGCCCAUUAUCAUUUCAAGAUAUACGUAAAGUGAAUGGGCAACAAUAUCCAACGUAUAAAGAUGCAUGCCUUGCACUCGGCUUGCUGGAAGACGACAACCAGUGGGAAUGCAUGCUUGCUGAAGCUGCAUUGAACUGUACAGCAAUACAAAUUCGUCUACUAUUCGCUAUAGUGUUGACUACAUGUUUCCCAGCCCGAGCACAGAUAUUAUGGGAAAAUCACAAAGAUUCAAUGACUGAUGAUAUAUUGCAUCAACAUCGUAUACGGUGCCACGAUCUAACCAUAACAUUCAGCGACGAAAUGUACAAUGAAGCAUUGAUUGCUAUUGAGGAUCUUUGCAUUGUCAUUGCCAACUUACCACUUAGUAAUUUCGGUAUGAAUUCGCCAAAUCGAACUGCAUCUGAUUUAAUGAAUACUGAAAUGAAUCGUGAACUGCAGUACAGUACUGUAGAAAUGGCAGCGAUUGUUGCCCGCAAUGUCCCACUAAUGAAUGAGGAACAAAGAACCAUUUAUGAUCGCAUUAUGCUCGCAGUUUCAGCUGGACAAGGUGAGUUCUUCUUUUUGGAUGCACCGGGUGGAACUGGCAAAACAUUCGUUAUUUCGCUAAUUCUUGCUGAAAUACGAUCAAAUAAUGGCAUCGCAUUGGCCGUUGCAUCAUCGGGCAUUGCAGCAACUUUAUUGGAUGGAGGUAGAACAGCUCAUUCAGUAUUUAAGCUGCCACUAAAUAUUCAGAAUAACCCUGACGCAGUAUGCAACAUUAAGAAACAAUCGUCCAUGGCCACUGUGCUGAAACGGUGUAAAAUUAUUAUUUGGGAUGAAUGUACUAUGGCACACAAACAUUCACUUGAGGCGUUGAACAGGACAUUGAAAGAUAUUAAAAACAGUGACAAACUAUUUGGCGGAACUCUGUUGGUCCUUUCAGGUGAUUUCAGAUAA